GGUGGUGGAGGAGAUUGUGGAGGUGAUGGUGGUGUGUGUGUCGCCGGCACUGCGGUCGAGCUGGGGCCGGUGAUGAAUGUUUAAAGGACACAGCAGACACUUGCGCAGGUUUUGGUGACAGACUGGAGCCAAAGUGGGGGAGGCCAAUCACGUGAGAAAAAAAAUACAAUAAUCCACAAGCACACCACCCAUGCCAUUGGAGAGACGUUCCCUGCUUGAUUGUCUUUGAGUGAGCAAACAAAAAUGCAGAAAGCAACAUACUACGACAACUCUGGACUCUUCGGGGGCUACGGUUACCCCAAGACUGACUCGUACAACUACGCCCAUCAGUCCUACCCGGCGGCCAACAUCGACGCAGACUACCAGGGCUCCGUGUGCCCCAUCCAGAGCCCCGCUGUCCGGCCACUGACCCUCAAAGAGAGUGACUUAAAUGGGGACUGCAUGGGCCAAAUCAGCAGCCAAAGCAACAACAACAACAACAACAACAACAACAACAACAACAACGCUAACAGCAACAGCAGCAGCAGCAGCAGCCAAGCGUCGAGUGUCGGGGAGCAGCAGCAGCAGCAGCAGCAGCAGCAGCCACCCUCGCCCGGCUCCAACGGCUCCGCGCCCCAGAAGAAGAAGCCUCCGCCGGGGAGCAGCAACCCGUCGCCCGCCCUGACCAAGCAGAUCUUCCCGUGGAUGAAGGAGACCCGGCAGAAUGCCAAGCAGAAGACAAAUAACAACUGCCCCGCUGCUGCAGGCGAGGUGAGCGACGAAAAGAGCCCGACCGGGCCGGCGUCCAAGCGGGUCCGAACCGCGUACACCAGCGCGCAGCUGGUGGAGCUGGAGAAGGAGUUCCACUUCAACCGCUACCUCUGCCGCCCACGCAGAGUGGAGAUGGCCAAUCUACUGAACCUGACCGAGCGCCAGAUCAAGAUCUGGUUCCAGAACAGGAGGAUGAAGUACAAAAAGGACCAAAAGUCCAAAGGGAUCGCGCACUCCCCGCUGGGGCACUCCCCCGACAGAAGCCCGCCGCUCAGCGGCCCCAAUCACAUCGGCUACUCGGGCCAGCUCGGCAACUCGCUGGCCUACGACGCGCCCUCGCCUCCGCCCUUCUCCAAGCCCCAGCAGAACAUGUACGGCCUGGCCGCCUACACGGCCCCGCUGGGCGGCUGCAUGCCCCAGCAGAAGCGCUACCAGAACGCCGAGUACGAGCACCACGGCAUGCAGAGCGGCGCCACCUUCGCCGGCGCCAACUUGCAGGGCAGCCCCGUGUACGUGGGAGGGAACUUUGUGGAUUCCAUGCCAGCGUCGGGGCCCGUCUUCAACCUGGGCCACCUUCCCCACCCGUCGUCCACCAGCGUGGACUACAGCUGCGCCGCCCAGAUCCCGGGGAACCACCACCACGGACCCUGUGACCCCCACCCCACCUACACGGACCUCACCUCGCACCAAGCCACUCAGGGAAGGAUUCAGGAAGCGCCUAAACUCACGCACUUGUAAUAGAAGUGGACAAGUGUGUGUCCGCGUGUGCCAAUAUUACGUCGCGCUCGUUUUAUUACCUCA